CAUAAGCUUGAUAUUCCAGUUUGACUUCCAGUAUGUGAAACUAGGCUGGCACCACAGUCUCGGCUGAUAAGCUAUUUACUUUAAGUUUGCCCGUGCUCAUUUCUUCUGUAUGUCCGUAUAACAGCACUUGCAAAAAUGCAUCAUCAUCAUAUUGUGACAUGUAUGACCAUGUUUUUGUUUGCUUUGCUUGAAGCAGUGCAUGGACAUUUUGCAUAUGUUCUAUCUCGCUGCCGUGUACUUGGCUCAUUAGAAAACGUUGAGUUCAUCUUCUCAGUUAACUACAACAAGGCUGAACUGAUAAGAUUCAACAGCACCGAGAAUAAGGUUGUUGGUUACACUGAAUAUGCAAUGAAAUGGGCAGAUGAUUUUAAUAAACGACAAGAGUGGCUACAUGAGGAGGGAGAAAGAAAUGUGGCAAACUGCAAGAGCUAUGGAGCAAUAUUUCACUAUCUGUCCCAAAAAACAAUAAAACCAGAAGUCAGUAUCCAAUCAGUAAGGCAGGCCAGUGGUAAACAACCAGCCAUGCUGAUAUGCAGUGCUUAUCGAUUUUACCCCAAACACAUUAAAAUAUCCUGGAUGAGAGAUGGUGAGGUGAUAAAAUCAGAUGUGACCUCGACUGAAGAGCUGGCUGAUGGAGACUGGUAUUAUCAGAUCCACUCCCACCUGGAAUAUUUCCCAAAACCUGGAGAGAAGAUCAGCUGUGUAGUGGAGCACGCCAGCUCCAAUAAACCCAUCAUCUACCCAUGGGAUUCCUCUCUGCCUAAGUCUAGUAAAAAAGAGAUCAUUACUGGGGCUGCAGGUUUUGUGUUGGGAAUGAUAAUGACUGUUGGAGGACUCAUCUACUAUUUAAGAAAACGCACAGCACAUGUUAUAGCAGCUGUAGGUCAGGACACCAGAUUCACUCAACCUCUACAAACACUGGUUGAUGAUGACCAGUAGAUGGACACUAAGUUACUGUGUUACACCACAGACAUUAAACAUGAUGAAUAAGGUCUCAUAGAUCUUUAAACACAAUUAUUCUUGUUUAGAAAAAGAAAUAAUGACAAGGAACUAGUGGAAAACCUCUGGUUGUGUUUAUUUUGCACAUAAGCCGUACAUAAAAGAAAUGUAAACCACUGUGUUUUUGUCCAAUGACAUUUCAGAUAGGACAUAAAUGCUUGAGACUCGUACAAUAGAGCUCUUUGACUUGUUAGUUAAACAAAUAUAUACCGUAUAUAUAGCCUAUAUAUGAAAUGUUUUGUUUUUGUUUUAUAAGAAUUAAUUAAUUUUAUGAUUAUUUCUCAUCCUUUUACAAUGUUAGGUCAAAAUAUGUACCACAGUCAAUGGGGCAGUACCCUUUUAAAGGUCCCAAUAUGUACCAUUGGGUAUAGAUAUGUAUACAUGUGGUACCACUAUGUAUCUUUGAGAAUUUAAGAUUAUCUUAAAAAUAUCUAUAUUUUUAAAAGGCAUAAGAAAUGGUGGCUGUAUUUAGUUUAUUUAAGUCAAAUUCUUUUGGUUAUUUUACAAACAGCCUGAGUUUAAAAAAUACAAGUAAAACAGGACAUACAAGCUGGAGAACGCACAGAGAUGUGUUUUUAUUGCAAAUGCACUAGAAAUGUUUGUAAUGCUGCAUUGAGAAUAAGAUAAAAAUAAAACUUUGUUUUGGUUAAAUGACAAUCAGUUGAUAUAAAAGUGGCAUGUAUCUAAAAAAAGCUGAAUAUAAAAUAACAGGUAUGGGGAACUUCAACAGAAUAUAUUAUUGAUCAGUGACAUGCAUGAAAAAUUGUUGUUAUGUUGCUUCUCAAAAACAAUAUAAACAGAGAUCAGAAAUGAGGAAGCUUCUGUAAAAAAAAUACAGAUGAACAAAGGUACAUUUAUCUGUAUGACU